ACUUCUCUUUGUCUCAAAUGAGUUAUUCCAUUCUUCCUCAUUAAACACAACUUUUGAGUUGAGUUGGAAAUGAGUUCUUAUUUCAGUUCUUGUUUCAACUUUUAAGUGACAAAAGUCAGUUGAAAAUGAUUUCUUAUUUCAAAUUCUUUUAACAAACACAAUCUGUGGAGUUGAGUUGAGAAUGAGUUUCAAAUUUCUAUGUCAAAACCAAGUUAAACUGAAAUCAGACAGGGCAAAAAACACAUCGAAUCAAAUCGAAAUCGAACAUAUCACGGCAGAACACACGUAAAUUCACACCAAAGAAAUCCCAAAAAAAACGAGACGCUGUAUAAUGCGCACACAGCUCUGAAUCUUUGUAACAUUAGCCUGGGGAUGAGAGUAUGAGACGCUUUAGAUUAUUUUCAAAUGUUGGAGAAGUUGAGUACUGUUUGUGUGCCUUUAGGCCAGCUUCUCAGAUAGAUAAUCAAGUUCGCUUUGUUUACACUUCACGGCUCUAUAAUUUGAACAAAAAGAUCACAUUUUUAGUUAUAAAUAGUCGAUUAGAGGAUGCAAGAGCAUUGUUUGAUAGUACAACUGAUAAGAAUAAUGUGACGUGGAAUUCGAUGUUAAGUGGGUAUGUGCGGGGAAGAGAGAUUGUGAAAGCGCGGAAGCUGUUCGAUGAAAUGCCUCACAGAGACUUGGUUUCGUGGAAUAUUAUGAUAUCGGGGUAUAUAUCUUGUGGGAGGAGGUAUUUGGAGGAGAGUAGGUUGUUGUUUGAUGUGAUGCCUGAGAGGGAUUCUGUUACUUGGAAUACGAUGAUUAGUGGGUACGCGAGAAAUAGGAAACUGGAUGAGGCUUUUAGUCUUUUUAAUAAGAUGCCUGAGCGGAAUGCUGUGUCGUGGAAUGCUAUGAUUACUGCAUUUUUGCAGAAUGGGGAUGUUAGAAGAGCUGUUGAUAUGUUUAAGAAGAUGCCUGAGAGGGACGGAGCGUCUGUUAGUGCACUUAUAUCAGGUCUGAUAAAAAAUGGAGAAUUAGAUGAAGCUUUUAAAAUAUUGCUUGAUUUACGGCUUGAAGGUGAUAAUGAUAUUGAUUUAGUUCAUGCUUAUAAUACUUUGAUUGCUGGGUGUGGUCUGGAAGGAAGGGUAGAUGACGCUCGAGCUCUUUUUGACCAAAUGCUUACGGGAGAUGGUGAGAGGCUAAGAAAAAAUUUGGUUUCAUGGAAUACUAUGAUCAUGUGUUAUGUGAAAGCUGGACUCGUCGUCCCUGCUAGAGAUCUAUUUGAUCGGAUGCUGGAGAGAGAUGAUUUUUCAUGGAACACAAUGAUAAGUGGCUAUACUAGCAAGUCUGAUAUGCAGGGAGCUUUGAAUUUGUUUAGUAGAAUGCCAAACCGUGACAUGCUAUCGUGGAAUUUAAUGAUCUCUGGAUAUGCCCAGAUGGGUAACCUGAAACUCGCUCAUGAUUUCUUUUCGAAAAUGCCCCAGAAAAAUCUGGUAUCGUGGAAUUCUAUUAUAUCAGGGUCUGAGAGAAAUCGGGAUUAUGAAGGAGCAAUUAAGCUUUUUACUCAAAUGCAAUUGACUGGUAUGAAACCCGAUCGACAUACAAUGUCUUCACUUUUGAGUGUCUGUGCUGAGUUGGUGGCUCCACGUUUGGGUAUGCAGAUUCACCAGCAGGUCAUAAAGGUUUUCAUUCCUGAUGUGCCUUUAUAUAAUUCCAUUAUUACUAUGUAUGCCAGAUGUGGAGCGAUACUUGAGGCAAGGGUCAUAUUUGAUGAGAUGAAAGUGAAAGAAGUGAUUACGUGGAAUGCUAUGAUUGGGGCAUAUGCAUCUCAUGGAUUUGCAGAAGAGGCUUUGGAAGUUUUUGGUGCAAUGAGGAAAGUGAGAGUGCAGCCAACUUAUAUAACCUUUAUUUCAGUGCUGAAUGCUUGUGCUCAUGUCGGCUUAGUUGAUCAAGCCAAGAAACAUUUCCAGGCGAUGGUUAAUGAAUUUGGCAUUCAACCAAGGGUAGAACACUUUGCUGCCUUGGUAGAUGUUGUGGGUCGUCAUGGGCAAAUUGAAGAGGCUAUGGAUAUAAUUAGUAGAAUGCCAGUUGAACCUGAUAAAGCUGUGUGGGGUGCAUUGUUAGGUGCAUGUAGGGUACAUAACAGUGUAAAGCUAGCUCGAGUUGCAGCAGAAGCAUUAAUGAGGCUUGAACCAGAGAGCUCUGCCCCAUAUUUAAUGCUGUACAACAUGUAUGUUGAAAGUGAUCAAUGGGAUGAUGCGAAUGAAGUUAGAACUCUGAUGGAGAGUAAUUGCAUUCAGAAAGAACCCGCAUAUAGCAUGGUGAAGUCGAUUUACUGACACCUUUUGUUCAACAAUUUUGGCUUGCUACACACUAAUGAUCAGCAGCAAUGAUUACAGAUCAGUUCUUGGUUUUAGUUUCAGUUGAUUAUACCUGGUGGACUCACGUCAUUACCCUAUUUUUUCUAAUUUCUCGCUCAAAAUUUGAAGGUUUCUCAAUCCUUGGAAACUACAUAAUAAUGUUUUCCAGCAUUUUGGUACUGUGAUGUUUGUUGCGCUAAUGAUUCAGUCAAGCCUUUUGUAUCUAUCUUUGUGAAACCCAUUAUGAGUUACCAAAAGUCGGAAAUAGCAUAUAAAAGAGUUUUGAGGGUAUGCCUAAUGGAUCUUCUUGGGACAGAUGGUAAGAAAAAAGCAAGUUCCUAUAAUAGGAAGAAAGGGGAAUGGAAUACCUAGUCUUGAAUCUUUUAAGGGAAAACAAGUAAAAUCCAUAUCAUAGCAUUGUGUUCCUGCUAAUCCAGGUAUAUUCAACUACCUACUUCAAAGGUGAGGGCCGGAGUGCUAUAAUAGCUCUGGAUAUAAAAAUGAUUCCAGGUCCAGGUCUAUGUUUCACGUCAAGUCACACCUGAAGAGGAGAUGCCAAUUGCACGGAAGGAGCUGAUGAGGACCGUGGCUGUGUAAGAAGUGGAUGAAAUAACUUGCAAUACCAGGUGGUAGUCUUCUGUUACACUCAUUCACUGAUAUAUUGAUGCACUUAAAAGCUGUGUAGCAUGGGACUACGACUGCAGCUGUUAUUUUGAGUUGAUUGAUGAUGUGGAUGUGUGUAUGCACUUGCAAGUUUUUUUUUACUUCACAGCAUAAAAUUUGCAGGCCGUAACCCAGGAGGUAGCGAAAGAGGAUGCUUUAGUUGAUCAUGUAAGAAUAAAACUGCGUAUGGAAGCCAGAGUGCCAGAGAGUGACAGGACAUAGAAGGUUACAAAGAGAAUUAAAGGACAGAUAAUGACACAUCUUUUGUGCUGUUACUAUGCUGCCUGUCCUGCUCAAAAGUGGGGAUAUAAAGAGUUACAGCAGGCUGCUGCCGUCCUGCCACCAAAAUGCCAUAUUAUCAAUGAGGCAGGCUCUUGGUUGGAGAUGGCUUUCCAGUUCUUAAACAAGCACCAUGAACAACCGAUCGAAACAAGCACCUUCCAUCUCCAGCCAGAUUUUACCCAGAGGACUACAGCAGAAGAUGUUAUUUAACACUUGGAGGCUAAUACAGACAUCGCACACUCCAAAUGACGAAUAUGACAUAUUUCUGCUGAAUCAUAUCCGAGUAUUUAAGUCACACACGUGCGCACUGAAAUCCGAAGAACUGUCAUGUCACUCUAAAUGUAAAGAUUAUUAAUGUCUGGAGUUUAAGUCACGCGGAAGAAGAUAGGCUUCUAUUAUGGCAACCUCUUUCCUGCUGAACAUGUAAAGCACAAUGCAGUAUAAUAGUAUCAUUUGAGCAUAUAUUCAACGGAGAAAGUCUUGCCUUCUUUAUGGAAAGGGCAAAAGCAGCGAACCAUAAAAUAAUGCAACCAAGUUUAAACACUUUACUACUUGGGCACUUUUAUGGACAUCAAGACAGAAAACCACAUUCUUUCAGUUGCAACACUUUAGCAUCAGAUCCAACACCCAAGGAGGAACUGACAGAUGCCUUGGACAUGUUGAAGAGGUAACUAGGUUUAUUAAAGUUGGGAAGGGCAUGGAAUCGCGGUUAUUGUUUAUGGAACUCAAGUCCCCAACAGCCUUACGGUGUAGUAAUAAGCAUAGAAGUCGAAAGAUGCUUGUCUAUUUGGUGUUACGGUGUACUAAUAAGCAUAGAAGUCGAAAGAUGAUUGUCCAUUUGGUCCAGCUUAUAAGCAGUUUGUAAGUUGAAAAAUAUGUGUAUUUUUUGAGUGAGAAGCAGUUUUUCAAGUCCAGCCAAAA